UCCACUCGUAUUCAAUCUCUCUCUUUCUUGUUUCCGCACAUAGAUACAUGGACUCACCCUCUCGCUCCUCCGUCAUCAUCGUCGGAGCUGGUAUCUCCGGUAUCUCUGCGGCAAAAGUUUUAGCCGAGAACGGAAUAGAAGACCUGGUGAUUCUGGAGGCCUCCGACCGUAUCGGCGGUAGGAUCCGGAAGGAAAAUUUCGGAGGCGUGUCGGUGGAGCUCGGAGCUGGGUGGAUCGCCGGAGUUGGUGGCAAAGAGUCUAAUCCUGUUUGGGAACUCGCUGCCAAAUCUGGCCUCCGAACCUGCUUCUCUGAUUACAGCAAUGCGCGCUACAAUAUUUAUGAUCGCAGCGGGAAAAUCUUUCCGAGUGGAAUCGCUGCCGACUCCUACAAAAAGGCGGUGGACUCGGCGAUUCAGAAGCUGAAGAACCAGGAUGCCGAUCACGGUGGUGAUGUCAGCAAAAUAACAGAGUCUCCUUCGUCGCCAAAGACCCCCAUAGAGCUGGCCAUUGAUUUUAUCCUACAUGAUUUCGAAAUGGCAGAAGUGGAACCAAUAUCUACAUACGUAGAUUUCGGGGAGAGAGAAUUUUUAGUUGCGGAUGAACGAGGGUAUGAGCAUCUGCUCUACAGAAUGGCUGAAGAUUUUCUCUUCACUUCAGACGGUGUAAUCUUGGACGAUCGCCUCAAGCUUAACAAGGUCGUCCGGGAAUUGCAGCACUCGAGAAGUGGCGUUACCGUAAUAACGGAGGAUGGUUGCAUUUUCGAGGCUGACUACGUGGUUCUAUCUGUUAGUAUUGGCGUUCUCCAAAGCGAGCUCAUUGCCUUCAACCCGCCCUUACCUAGGUGGAAAUUGGAAUCCAUAGAGAAAUGUGAUGUCAUGGUCUACACUAAAAUCUUUCUGAAGUUUCCGGACAAGUUCUGGCCAAGUGGACCCGAAAAGGAAUUCUUCAUUUAUGCUCACGAGCGGAGAGGCUAUUACACAUUUUGGCAGCACAUGGAGAAUGCUUACCCUGGUUCCCACAUAUUGGUUGUGACAUUGACAAAUGAGGAAUCGAAACGUGUAGAAGCUCAAUCUGAUCAAGAGACCCUAAAAGAAGCUAUGGCGGUUCUUAUGGACAUGUUUGGACCCAACAUACCAGAUGCCAUUGAUAUAUUUGUUCCCCGCUGGUGGAAUAAUAGGUUCCAGCGUGGCAGCUACAGCAACUAUCCCAUUAUCUCUAACCCGCAAAUUGUGCAUAAUAUUCAGGCCCCAGUAGGUCGCAUUUUCUUUACUGGAGAGCACACAAGUGAAAGAUUUAAUGGCUACGUCCAUGGUGGAUACCUCUCAGGUAUCGACACCAGCAAAGAGUUGCUAGAAGAAAUGAGGAAAGAGAAGGAAAGAAAAAGUGAGAACCAAACUUUAUUAUUUGAACCUUUGCUAGCAUUGACUGGUUCAUUGACCCUGUCACAACCAGACACGGUCUCCAACAUCCACAAAUGGGAUAUUCCUACACAAUUAUACCUCAGUGGCAAGCUUGGAAUCGCAGAGGCCAUAUUGUGA